AUGCCAAAAUCGUUAGAAUAUUUUUUCGAUGUUAUUUGUCCAUAUUCGUGGAUUGGCUUUAAGAUGAUUCUUAGGGAAAAAAGUUGUUUGGAGAGGAGCGGUUUUAAUAUUCGUUUUACUCCGUUACGAUUAUCUACAUUACUUAAAACAAAUCACGAACUUCUGAGUGAUUGUGAUAGUUUUCGUGUACAACUUUUAUUGAAUUUAAUACGAAUUGAACGGCCCGAACUUAUGGAAAAAGCUAUGGAAAUCACUUGGUCGCUUGGUCUUGAAUUUCGACAAGCUGAUGAUCUUAUUUCACGUAUCGAGCAACAUUCCAAUAGAAAAGAUUUAAGAAAUGCUAGCAUACGUGCUCUUGCUGCAGGAGCCUUAUUGACUCCAUUUACUUAUUUAACAAAUGGCGAAAAUCUUAAUUAUGGUUUCUCGGGUAUCGUGCUUCUUCAGUAUCUUAAUUUUAUUAUAAAUUGUUCAGAACUGUUCGGGAAUGUGGCCAGUUCGAGCCAACAAGAGACAACUGAAAUUUAG